UCAGAUUCUUUCAUUUUCUGCGUCUUGCUUAUAAAAAGGUUUAGAGACAGUUAUUUAGAGACAGUUGCUGAGUUGCAUGCGGAUUUAAGCUCCGACACAACUCAUUGGUGCUCCAGCCCCCCUGGACAAGUAUUGUGUGCGUGUCUGUGUGUGUGUGUGUGUGUGUUUUUUUUUUUUUUUUCUUCGUCUUGCACGGCUUAAUGAUGGAGAGGAUAAGAAAAGAGAUGAUAUUGAUGGAGAGAGGUCUGCACAGUCCUGUCGCAGGCAAGAGGCUCGCAGACACGCCUGGAAAUUCAGUGCUGGAGGCCCUGGAAAACUCUCAGCACAGCGGACGGCUAAGCCCCAGAAUAACUUCGGCUUCUCUCCAUGGGAAUCUUGGGGACAUCCCGACGAAAGGCAAAUUUGAAAUUGACAGUAUUUUCGGUUCACACCACAACAGUGAUAAUACCUCGUCGGCGGAAAUUUCUUCGUCAGAAAGCCGGAAGAAAAUGAGCCUUUACUCCGAAGUUUCGCCAGAUUCAGAUAUUAACAGUGAUGUGGAGGUGGGAUGCCCCUCGCAUCGAUCCCCGAGCCAGCACAAGGAAAACAACAAAGGUUUUUCAGAUUCUGGAUCUUCCAACAUAAACUCGAACUCCCUACAGAAUAUGAACGGUAAUUCAUCGGGAGGAUUAAACAAUUCAAAUAGCGACCAAGUGAGAAGAUAUCGGACCGCUUUCACCAGAGAACAGAUCGGAAGACUGGAAAAAGAGUUUUACAGGGAAAAUUACGUUUCGAGACCGAGAAGAUGUGAAUUAGCCGCAGCGCUGAAUCUGCCCGAGACUACGAUUAAGGUGUGGUUCCAGAACAGGCGGAUGAAGGAUAAAAGGCAGCGCUUGGCGAUGUCCUGGCCCCAUCCAGCAGACCCCAGCUUCUACACCUACAUGAUGACGCACGCGGCAGCUACAGGAAGUCUACCUUACCCUUUCCACUCGCACAUGCCUCUACACUACUAUCCGCACGUCGGUGUCACGGCAGCAGCCGCCGCCGCGGCCGCCGCCUCCAGUGCCGCCUCGUCACCUUUCGCCACUUCCAUCCGCCCCCUCGAUACCUUCCGGGCACUCUCCCAUCCCUACUCGCGGCCAGAGCUUCUGUGCGGCUUCAGGCACCCGGGACUCUACCAGUCACCCGCAGGCCUGAAUAGUCCGGCUGCGGCGGCCGCGGCAGCUGCGGCCGCGGCGGCUGCGGUCGGCGCCCAGUCAGCCACCGGGCCCUGUUCGUGUCUCAGCUGCCACAGCAGCCAGGCAGCGAGCGCGCUCGGCUCGAGGAGCGCCAGCGCUGACUUUACCUGCACAGCUUCGGGGCAAAGAUCCGAGAGUGGAUUUCUGCCGUAUUCUGCCGCUGUGCUCAGCAAGACCUCUGUCCCGUCACCAGACCAACGAGAAGAAACCUCACUUAACAGAUAACUCAUCAUGCAGCCUACACGACCGUUUCCUAUUCUGCACUAGUCCUAUUACGGGGAUAGGCCUACUUUAAAAAUCACACCUGUGUAAAGAAUUCGAUAAGCAACAUUGUAAACACACACACACACACACACAUUUAGAUUCAUUUCUACACGUCUGUUUCAAGUCCAGAUGACUAUUUAUAACGAAAAACACAUGAAUAGUAUCGCACCGAAAAUUUUGCAACUCACAAACAACCUUUUAUAAAAGAUUGUGCUCUUGUGUUGUGACAGUAGAGCAUUUUUUAUGCUGGAUUAAUUUAUACAUAUUUGGAAAAAUAACAGACCAUGCAGUGUGUUCAUUCUGUCCCAUGCCUCACUCAAUGUGCCAUUUUAAAUGUUUUUAGGUUAUUUAUUUCUAGAAAUACAACUGUAACUGAGUCACAUUCAUAGGCCUAUUCAAAGGGCAAUAUUCAGCGUGAGGAACCCAUCCUACCUUUGAGUCCUCUGGUUUCUUUAGAUUCAAACGUAAGCUAAUUAUGCUUAUUAUAUUUGGAGAGCAGAAGGUCCUACUUUUCUGCCCAGCAGCAUAUCAUUCUUCACUAGGCCUAAUAGACUGAGAUUUUUGGCAGGGACAGCUUCUCCAGCGCCCAGCCUCUGUAGCUACUAUGGGGACCCCCCCUAACAGCAAGGAGGGUGCAUAUCAUGUUGCACCACGUCUUUCGUGUCAAUUUUAUGUUAAUAAUGAGAGGAUCAUGACAAAAAUUGCCAAUCAUGUACCUAGAUGGACCUCCUUUGAAUACACGACUGUAAGAAAGUUGCUCGUUUUGAGACCCGCUGUCAAGUGCUAACAACCCGCGCAGGGAAGUCAUUAGACAUACAAAAGACCCGGAACAAAGCGAUAGUCCUGGUACACAGAUGCACUGUAAAAAGGAUGCUGUGUGACACAUGCAGGGUUCCAAAAUAUUACACAUAAAGCAGCCUAUAAAGAGACCCACAGAUAAAGUUUGCUGAUAAUGUGAAAUACCUCCACACACACACAAUAGAAUCUCUUUUAUUUCCAUUGCUGCACCUCAUUACAUCAAAUCCAGUAUUAGGUGUGCACUCCCUUUAGGACCUCUUCACUCAGUACGCAGUGACGGGACUGAGCAAGGCGAAAGUUCAGACUAAAUAGUCUGGCUUUACAAUCUGUCUGCGCCUGUAAAAAUGGCUAUGUGCUAUUUUAUUCGUUCAUGGGAAAUCACCUAUAUGUUAAUUAUAAAACAUGUGAACUGUAAAUCGUGAAAUAUUUUGCAAAUACCAUGGAUAGUCCUACUGAUAGUUGAAAACUGAAUUAUUGAUCGCCCUGGAAAAUGCUUCAUAAAAUGUGGAUGGUAGGCUUGUUUUGUUUUUUGAACACAUUUGCAACACAUUUUAUUUUGUGUGACUUGCUGAAUGUUUUUUAAUGUUAAAACACUGGAUGUACAAGCCAAUAGGAGCAUCAC